GCGGCCACGGCCACGGCCACGGCGGCGGGCGGCGGGCGCGGGCGCGGGCGGGGGGCGCGCGCGAUGGCCGGGGACAGCGAGCAGCGCCUGCAGGGCCAGCAGCAGCCGGGCGGCGAGCCCUUCCUCAUCGGCGUCAGCGGGGGCACGGCCAGCGGCAAGUCUUCCGUGUGCGCCAGGAUCGUGCAGCUCCUGGGCCAGAACGAGGUGGACUACCGCCAGAAGCAAGUGGUCAUCCUGAGCCAGGACAGCUUCUACCGCGUCCUCACCUCCGAGCAGAAAGCCAAGGCCCUGAAGGGCCAGUUCAACUUCGAUCACCCGGAUGCCUUUGACAAUGAACUCAUCUUCAAGACGCUCAGAGAGAUCACAGAGGGCAAGACCGUGGAGAUCCCCGUGUACGACUUUGUCACGCAUUCCCGGAAGGAGGAGACGGUGACCGUGUACCCCGCUGACGUGGUGCUCUUCGAGGGCAUCCUGGCCUUCUACUCGCAGGAGGUGCGAGAUCUUUUCCAGAUGAAGCUCUUCGUGGACACUGAUGCUGACACGCGGCUGUCCCGCAGAGUUCUAAGGGACAUCAGCGAGCGAGGGCGGGACCUGGAGCAGAUCCUCUCUCAGUACAUCACCUUCGUCAAGCCCGCCUUCGAGGAAUUCUGUCUGCCCACGAAGAAAUACGCCGACGUGAUCAUUCCCAGAGGCGCCGACAACCUCGUGGCCAUCAACCUGAUCGUGCAACACAUCCAGGACAUUCUCAACGGGGGCGUCUGCAAGCGACAGAGCAACGGCUGCCUCAACGGCUACACCCCUGCCCGCAAGAGACAGGCGUCCGAGUCCAGCAGCCGGCCGCACUGACCCGCCCGCCACCCACCUGUAUAUACGCCUCCCAGCCCGGACACCCUGUCCCAUCCCGUCGUCGUCCCCCCCGACCCCCACCCCUC